GCGGCGGUGUGGGCGCCGCCGGGCUCGGCGGAGCGCUGCGGGCGGGGGGACUGGGGCAGCCGCUGGGGCCGUGCCCUCAGCGCCCCGCCGGAGGCAGCGCCCGCACCGCCGGGCAUGGGCGCCGCGGCUCCGCGCUCUGCUGCCUUGCCCCGUCCCGAUGAGUCCUCGCCGGAGCAAGUGAGUGAGGGGGGCGCCUGGGCGGGCGCCGGCGGCCCGGCCUCGGGAGGGAGGAUGUGGUGAGAGGAUGGGGCUGUCUCCCGCGGGGGCUCGCCAUGGCCAGGGAGGACUCGGUGAAGUGCCUGCGCUGCCUGCUCUACGCCCUCAACCUCCUGUUCUGGUUGAUGUCCAUCAGCGUAUUAGGUGUUUCUGCGUGGAUGAGAGACUACCUGAAUAAUGUUCUCACUUUAACUGCAGAAACAAGGGUGGAGGAGGCUGUCAUUUUGACUUACUUUCCUGUGGUCCACCCGGUCAUGAUUGCAGUCUGCUGUUUCCUCAUCAUAGUUGGAAUGCUGGGCUACUGUGGAACAGUGAAAAGUAAUCUGUUGCUCCUUGUCUGGUACUUUGGAAGCUUGCUUGUAAUAUUCUGCGUUGAACUGGCCUGUGGUGUUUGGACCUACGAGCAGGAAAUAACGGUUCCAGUGCAGUGGUCCGAUAUGAUCACACUGAAAGCCAGGAUGACCAAUUAUGGCCUACCUAGGUACCAGUGGCUGACCCAUGCUUGGAAUUUCUUCCAGAGGGAGUUUAAAUGUUGUGGGGUGGUGUACUUCACAGACUGGCUGGAAAUGACAGAGAUGGACUGGCCGCCUGACUCCUGUUGUGUCAGAGAGUUCCCAGGGUGCUCUAAGCAGGCACAUCAUGAGGAUCUCAGUGACCUUUAUCAGGAGGGAUGUGGUAAAAAAAUGUACACUUUUUUGAGGGGAACAAAGCAAUUGCAAGUGCUGAGAUUUCUAGGAAUCUCUAUUGGAGUAACACAGAUCCUGGCUAUGAUCCUCACUAUUACUUUGCUGUGGGCUCUGUACUAUGACAGAAGGGAUCCUGGAACUCAUCAGAUCAUGGCCCUGAAGAGUGAUACCUCGCAGCAGCUGUCAUGUAAUUCCGUGGAGCUACUGAAACCAAGCCUGACAAGGAUCUUUGAACAUACAUCCAUGGCAAACAGCUUUAAUACACACUUUGAAAUGGAAGAGCUAUAGGUGAUGCAAUGAAUCUACGAAGUCAUAAAGGGUUUUAAUUGGGUUUUCUUGUUUUUAUUCUGUUCCGUCAAGUAUGCCAGAUAUACCAGUCUUCACGUGAAUCAGAAACAGCUGAUGGAUGGAAGUGAAGGAGGCCAGCAAAGAAAGCAUAAGCCAGUCAGCCUCUUAGCCAUGGUCUCAGCCAUCAAACAGAGUUGAAUUUGUUUGUUUGUUUUUUAAAAGGCACUCAUUCACUGGGCACAGUAAUGUUUAACUUAUUGUCACAAGCUGUGUGAUGUGUAAAACACUGAUUCACUUACAGGCAGACAGAACCUCUAAGGAAAGCAUCACAGGAAAGGAAGAGAAAUACUCAUCUUCUGAAGAAAUGACUGAUGUUUGAACAAACAAAAUGUGACUUCAGUUGAAAUUGACUUUUACAUUUUUAAUAAGCCAUUUUGAAAAUGUCUUAAUCAGGGAUCUAUGUAUAUAUAAUUGUCUGUUUUUGUGUGUGCAUGGAAGGCAGAACUACAAGUCAAUACUUGGAUUUAAAAAUUUGCAAGAUUUGUAAAAAGGGCGAGAUUUUCUUUUUCUAACAAAACCUUUAUCUUCGCUGUUAUUAAAGAUGUUCUAAACUGUCUAUUUUUAUCUAACAUGACUUUAAUUUUUAAUUUUAAAUGUAUUAAACAGAUUGAAAACAAAACUAUGACUCUGGACAAUAGACUUCAAUUUUCUGAGUAAUUCUGGAGAAUUCUUCUUUGAAACAAUUUGUUCUAAGGACUAUUUCUUAAGAAAGAAAGCCUUAAACAUUCUUUCCAAAAUGGGAAUCAAUAUGGGAGUAGCACAUUUUAUAGAUAAAUUUUUUCUCCUGUCUGUGAUUCCCCUGAAGGUAGAAACAAAAGUCUACAAAGAAAAUGCUUACAGUUCUGGAUGCUAUUGCAAUAAUUCUAAAAGUGCAUACAGAGAAAUUAAACUUUGGCGGUUUCUUCAUUAAGAGCUCUCUAGUGGCUUAAAAUGCCAACUGGAAACAGAGUUAAAAUGUAUUUAUUGAGAUGUGGAAAGUGCAUUUUACUGUAUUUUUAUGAACAAUGUUUAUUUCAUAGGAUUAUUUUUACAAUUGGCCACGCUCCUGAAAUGUAUAUUAGUUCCACUGAGUACAGUAGUCUGUGGCAAAUGGGUUUUUACAUAAUAUUACAUUUUAAAAAUUCUUUCAUUUGUUUUGGGAUUUGUAAAAGAAAAAAAAAUCAGGUGUGAUUUGGUAGACAAUAAAAUUACUUUUGUCUUAAAUUC